AUGCAGUAAAAUAUAUAAGUGCCCUUUGUACAUAUAUAUCUUCUAUUGUGUUUGAAGCAGUGUGUGUAAAGCCUUGUGGUCACCAGUGCAGCAUUCACUUGAUGCACAAAGACCACUGCAGCUCUCAACAGGAAGUGAGGCAGCACAUAGCUGGUGGCCUCUGCACUGACUUCAGGUCAGUUUCAAGAGCAUAACUUCCCAUUCACCAGCAUUAUUACAGAAAACAUCUGGACUGUUUUCAGAUCAGGACCAUUUCACCCACACGAAACAGCGACACUUCCUUAUGUAUAAAUUUGACUACAUUUCUCUUCAUCUGCUUGCUUAUUAUCUGGAGCUGAAGUGAGUUACUGUCAUUCAAACAGGAAGAAAAGGAGGAUGUAGAAGUCUUGUAAAAGACUUGCUUGGAAUUUUACCCAACUCAUUUGAAUACACCAAUCAAGUCUAGGUAGUAAAAAUGAUGACAUGUAUGUAAAAAAAGAUUUUGCAAGAUAAAUUUAACACAGUAAACGUGUUCCCUUAUGUCAGUGCACUUUGGCUUUAUCCACGUUAUUAAGCUGUGUGUUUUAACAGAACCGCUGUGAAUGUCCGUGACAGAGCUCUUGAGAAGUGAGAAAGCCGCUAAACCACGUUUAGACAAUAAACUGCGUGUGAAAAGGACAUUAUAUACAACACUGUAGGUGCUUUUUUUUAGCCUUUACUGCCACCCACAGCAAGCAUUUAGAGAUUAAGAGAUCUCAAACCCACAGUGAGUGAGGAAGUGUUUUUGGUGUUUUGGACUCGAUUAGCAUCGAGUCAGCAGUGUGAGACGAGCUGCAGCAGGACGAGCUAUGUGGGACUUUCAUGGAUAUCAUGUUUCUAUCUUUGGAGUGCUAAUGUUUGGGAUUCUUCAGGGUCUGUGUGCUGUUUCAGCUGAUACAGAAACAGAGAAGGUGCUCAAAGUUGGGAGCUCCCUGGAUCUAACAGUGAGAUAUCCAAAGAAUUCAGUGUUAUUUGUUCGUUGGAACUUGAAUGGCACACAGUUUGCUGACUACACUCCAAGCCGUAAUUACACAUUUCGGGGAACUCAAUUUAGUGGAAGAUUAAGAGGCGUUCGUGAUCUUAUUGGAGUAACGCUACAAGAUCUUCAAACCGAAGACUCUGGAACAUUCUCCAUUGUUGCAGCUGGAUCUGUAACACAGUAUCCUACACAGACUAUUAAAGUUUAUAUUCAAAACCCCAUAGGGGCUGUGCAGAUUGAGAAGACUCAGAGGUGGCUGUUACCCACAAACAGCUGUGAAGUUGAUGUGAAGUGUGCAGCACUUGGAGCUGAGAAUGUCUCGUACCGGUGGAGCGGCUAUAAGAAUGAGAAUGGAGCUCAGCUGCAGUUCAGUCUCUCACCAGCAGAAGGAGCUGUUACACUGAAUUGCACUGCAGCUAACUACGUCAGCUCCAGUUCUGCUACAGAGACACUGAGCUGUAGCACUGAACAGCCUGAAACAGACGAAACAGAUGAAACAGAUGUCACAUUGAUAUAUGUGUGGAUUGCAGUAGCAGGAGGAGUUGCAUUUAUUCUGCUUAUUGCUGUGACCGUUUCACUGAUCUGCUGGAAGAAAUCUCAGAAAGAUGGCAGUGCUGCUCCUGCUGAUGGAAAUACAUUGUAUGCAGAGGUUACUCUUGGGGCUUUUACAAAGAAGGAUAAGCGAUCUGACAGUGUUGCAAAUGGAAUGACGCUAUAUGAAACAGUGGAUGACGUCAGAAAUGAUAUGGAAAAGACUGCACAGACUAUUUAUGCUAAAGUGACACUUCCACAACAUACAAAGGCCAGUGCUACCUCUUCCUCACCGUAUCAGCAAGUUCUCUAGCCUGUGAAGUUAAAUGCUUUACUGUCUUUGUUAAAUAUUGUCUGUCCACAAUUUUUCUUUGUUUUUUUGUACAUCAUCAUGUAGUUUUAACUGUUGUAUAUACAGCAUCUCUACAGCAUAUCUGACUUUACUGCAUACUGUUUUUUUUAUUACAGAUUUGUUUAUAUGGAUUUUAUAAUAAUAUUAUAAUAAUUAUAAUUCUGUUAUAAAAGCUGUCUGGGGUGAAGUGUGAGUGGACAAUCAUCACAUAUUUUCUCUUCAUAAUCUAAUACGAUCAUUUCAGAUCAUACAGAUUGGCUAUAAUCGUACUGUAUAAUGUAUGAAUGUAUAAAUUUUCUAUAUUAAUGAUUUGAUUCGAUAGAUGUCUUUAUUGAAUUCAUGUUAAAUUAAACACACAGUAAAUG